CAUGCGAGUCACGUGAUAUGCUCCGCUAAUAAUGCAGUGACGUUCCCGAGCUCCGUCAGUAGAGCGGUGUCUGACAGCCUGCCUCCCCGGGCCAACACCUGCGUUGCUCGGCUGGGAAAUCCAACAAGGGGUCGGUCAAAGACGGAGCGAAAGGAAAGAUUCUGGAAGAAAGAAAAAAAAAAACUGGUGAAAGUGUACGACCGGUUGUUGUUUCUUUUGUUGUUUUUCCUUCAGCACUCGGGAACAAAAUGUUUUGUCAGUGAUAGGUGGAAGAGAAUAUUCAGUUGUUCUCCAUCGCGCUCACCCUGUAGGCUAAACCAUCCCACCGGGCAUCGGACUAGUCGCUCCCCUCCUUGGAGCGGAUCGCGCCCCGGAUAAACGUGUGUGGAUGCUGUGGCGCUUUUCUUUCACAUGUUGACGUCAAAUCGGGUCCCCGGUGUGGCAAGUAAACAAGGAUAAGAUAAGGGGAGACACAAAGCAUGUUUAUUAAGUGAGACUGUGGUGGACAACGGAGCCGGAGAGAGAGAGAGAGAGAGAGAGAGAGAGAGAGGGGAAGAGUCGCAGCAGGAGGAGAACCAAAAAGCUGCAGGUUUUGUUGAGCCUGUGGGGAUGAGGACGAGGAGGGACGUAACACAUCCAAGGGUGUCAGUGUGAUUAGAGGAGAGGAACGCUGGACGAGGAGAGGCACGGACGCGCGGCUCGUCUCCAAUCCGGGGAGGCGGUGAUGACGGGUAAAGGGACCGGGGUUCACACACUCCGACUGCCGAGCGCAGCCCUGUCAGCAGCCGCAGCAGCAUGGGGAGGAGGAGGUACGCAGCACUGCAUGUCUCAUCAGUCCUCCACAUCCUCAUUAUUCAUUUAGCCUUCCCCGCCCUUCUCUCCCCUCCAUUAGGCUACAAGCAGCCAUCCACCCUUCCCAGCCGCCUCGGCAUCCAUCCAUCUGUCAAUACAUCCAUCCAUCUAUAUGCCCUUCCUCUUGUGUCCCAACAUCCUGCACCUCCUUUAACAUCAGUGUCCAGGGGCUACGUGGAAAAAGUAUGGAGUAUUUCGGAAGAACAAAUUAGAGAGAGCAAACACAGAGGAGGUGACCCGUAUCAUAUCCUGAAGGAAAGGAGACAUAGAGCAUGACCUUGUGUUCGUCUACAGUGCCAAGGAAGAGCCAGGAAGAAGCCUCCAUGGCCAGAGAAUCACCGUCUUCCUAGCGCCAUCAGUAACCCUGUUGCAAGCUGCACUGGGGGGCUCAAACGUCUCCCUGACUGCACCAGGGGGCUCACUACAAGCCAUCUGCCAGCUCAGAUAACCCUCUGACUGUUGGCAACCACAUGUUUGAGGCGACUGUGUGUGACCGCCGCCGUCCAUUCUCGAGCAGCAGCAGCAGCAGCUUCCUGCGACCCCGAUCUGCACCAUGCAGUGGAGACGGCGGCACUACUGUCCCAUCAAGAUGACCUGGACCGUCAAGCGUUCGCUCUUCCGGACCCAUGUGGCCGGCCUCCUCUCGCUGGCUCUGCUCUUCACCCUCUUCUUAUUCUUCAGCCACCAGGACUGGCUGCCAGGACGCAGUGGACCCCGGGAGAACCCGCUGGCCUACACCGUCCGGGGCUUCCGCAGCCCCAAGGGAGAAGCCAACCAGAGCAGCUCCCUGAGGAGCCUGUGGAGGGAGACAGGGUAUGUAGCGCCAAAGCCUCUGCUCAACCUCAGCUCUCAGCAGGCGGACGGGGCAGUGGGGGAGACUGCAGGAGGUGGAGGAGCCAGGAUGGGCGUAAUGGGGCUCGGGGACUCUAUGAGCACCAACAACAGUUUACAGAAGGAGAUGGGUGUGGGAGGGAGGCUCAGCGCUCAGCCCUACCGCUACAUACUGAACGAGCCUUUCAAGUGCAGGGACAGCAUGCCCUUCCUCAUCCUCCUCAUUGCUGCAGAACCUGGCCAGGCCGAUGCCCGCAACGCCAUCCGCCAGACAUGGGGGAAUGAAAGCAUAGCAAUGGGUCUGGGGUUUGUCCGUCUCUUCCUGCUCGGCACAGGAAAGAGCUCGGACACCUACCUCCAGAGCAGCAUCGAGGAAGAGAGCCGCAUUCACCACGACAUCAUCCAACAGGACUAUCAGGACACUUACUACAACCUGACCAUUAAAACCCUGAUGGGCAUGAACUGGGUGGCCACCUAUUGCCCACGCGCCUCCUAUGUGAUGAAGACAGACAGCGACAUGUUUGUCAAUACAGAGUAUCUCAUCCAAAAGCUGCUGAAGCCCGAGUUGCCGCCCAAGCAGCGGUACUUCACCGGCUACCUGAUGAGGGGCUAUGCACCGAACCGAAACAAGGACAGCAAGUGGUACAUGCCGCCGGAGCUGUACCCAAGUGAGCGCUACCCGAUAUUCUGCUCGGGCACGGGGUACGUGUUCUCAGGGGACAUGGCUGAGCUGAUCUACCAGGCCUCGCUCAGUAUACGCAGGCUGCACCUGGAGGACGUGUACGUGGGGAUCUGCCUGGCGAAGCUGCGCAUUGACCCGGCGCCCCCUCCCAACGAGUUCCUCUUCAACCAUUGGCGGGUGUCUUACUCCAGUUGUAAGUACAGCCACCUGAUCACGUCCCAUCAGUUCCACCCCAACGAACUCAUCAAGUACUGGAACCACUUGCAGAGCAACAAGCACAACGCCUGCAUCAACGUGGCGAAGGAAAAGAACGGCAGGUACAGACACCGAAAGUUUCACGGAGAGAGGCCUCCGUGAUGCAACCUGUGACUACCACCCGCCUCAACAAAAAAAAAAGGGAGACGGUCGCACUGUAACUACAGCCGAAGGAGGGCAUAUCGAACUCAGCACUAUACACUAUAUGGGGAAAAGCACAUUGUUUUUUGGUAUUGUGUACAGUCGAUGAACCAAACUAUUUUUUUAAUUUGAGAACAAAAUAGUUAAGUAUUGUAAACCUGUCAAACUAUUUCUAAAGGGAAGAUUGGUGGACAUGUCUGCGAUGUAGAGUGAGCACAAAAAAGUGCUGCUGCUCAAGAGUGGUGUUUAUGAUAAUUCAGGUGCCAACAGAAAAGGGUUAUUCGUGCUCGGUUAAUGUGACGGCUCUCUUUGAAAGGGUAGUACAGUAUGUCGCACUCUACAAAUCUAAAGAAAAAAUAUGUAUUAAGACACAGUUGUGUUUACACAGACAAAAAGGGAAAUGCACAUGUAUUUUGUCGACAGUUACACUACCUAAAUAUGAAUGAAAGUAUCUUUGACGUUGACCAGUUAUGCUGCCCUGUUUCUCAGUGUUUACUUUAAAGAUUUAUCAAAGAAUUCAAGACUAAAGAAAAGGUUUAUCUGUCAUAUACUGUAUUUUGUUUUAAAAAAGAAUCUACAUGAAAGCACUCAUGUCACGUCAGAGAUGACUGAGAUUGUAUUUUUUAAAGCUUUACAUUGAGUAUGACUGCA